GAUGAUUGCAACGACAUGAGCGUGACGAAGAAGGGGAUCUGGACCGAGCACGUGGACGCGGCAUCAGGGCGCACCUAUUACUUUAAUGUCGUGCAUGGACGAAGUUACUGGGAAUUGACAGAGGACCUGAGAGCAGUCGUCAUGAGGCCGCUGCGCGAAGCUGUCGUCGCAGAGGACGACGACCCAGCGGAAGAUGAAACUGCAACGCAGCAUACGCAUGAAGAACCCACGUCUUCCGACGGACCGUCUCGUGCAGCUGCUCUCGCGACGUAUGUCAAUCUACAUGCCGCCGAUUCAUUUUCAAAUCGAAUUCAAAUGGCGAUGAAACACCAAGAAGAGCAACGACGGCGCGAGCAAGAAUGAAAGUAGUAGACAACGCUCAUAACAAGCAUUGCCUUGAUAAGUUGAAGGCGCAUGCGACGUUAAACGAUUUAUCGCUUCAUGUCGACGUAGGUGGCAUCAUGGAAGGCGCCAUCAGCGUACUCCCCGUGUGCCUUCGAUGGGGAUUCGACUAGAAAAUAUACAACCACGUUGUCAA